CCGGGCCUCAUUUCGCGUUAACCGGCAUUUCAGCACCACUGCCGGGCCGUGUUUUCUAUCCGAAGCCGCUUUGUAUUUAUAGUUUUUUAACUUGUACGUUUUGUUCACAAUAUGCCUGGAUAUUCCGACCGAGAUCGCGGCAGAGAUAGAGACAGAGGUUAUGGCAGUGGACCACCCCGGUUUGGUGGGAGCCGUGGUGGGGGUGGAGGAAAGUUCGGCAAUCCAGGUGAGCGGCUGAGGAAAAAACAAUGGAACCUGGAUGAGCUCCCGAAGUUUGAAAAAAACUUUUACCAGGAGCAUCCUGACGUCGCCCAUAGAUCACUGCAAGAAGCUGAGCAAUACAGAAGGUCCAAAACUAUUACAGUGAAGGGGAGGGACUGCCCAAAUCCCAUAACCCAGUUCCAUGAGGCAAGCUUUCCCUCCUAUGUGGUGGAGGUUAUCAACAAACAGAACUGGACAGAACCAACACCUAUUCAAGCUCAGGGUUGGCCUUUGGCUCUAAGUGGCAAGGACAUGGUUGGCAUUGCACAGACUGGUUCUGGCAAGACGCUUUCUUAUCUUCUACCUGCAAUUGUACACAUUAAUCACCAGCCUUUCCUGGAACGUGGGGAUGGUCCAAUUUGUUUGGUGUUAGCCCCCACUCGUGAGCUGGCCCAGCAGGUGCAACAGGUGGCAGCUGAAUAUGGCAGAGCUUCUCGUCUGAAGACCACCUGCAUCUAUGGAGGAGCACCAAAAGGGCCUCAGCUCCGUGAUUUGGAAAGGGGUGUAGAAAUUUGCAUCGCCACUCCAGGCAGGCUCAUUGACUUCCUUGAGUCUGGGAAGACUAACCUUCGUAGAUGCACCUACCUGGUGCUGGAUGAGGCAGACAGAAUGCUGGACAUGGGAUUUGAGCCACAAAUCAGGAAAAUUGUCGACCAAAUUAGGCCUGACAGACAGACUCUGAUGUGGAGUGCCACUUGGCCCAAAGAGGUUCGCCAACUGGCAGAAGACUUCCUGAAGGAGUACGUUCAGAUCAACAUUGGUGCGCUACAGCUUAGUGCCAACCAUAACAUCCUCCAGAUUGUGGAUGUUUGCAAUGAUGGAGAAAAGGAAAACAAGCUAAUCCGUCUGCUUGAGGAAAUAAUGAGUGAGAAGGAAAACAAGACUAUCAUCUUUGUCGAGACAAAAAGGCGGUGUGAUGACCUGACUCGAAGAAUGAGAAGAGAUGGGUGGCCAGCUAUGGGAAUCCAUGGUGACAAAAGCCAACAGGAGAGGGACUGGGUUCUUAACGAGUUCAAAUUUGGCAAAGCCCCAAUACUCGUCGCUACAGACGUUGCAUCCAGAGGCUUAGAUGUGGAAGAUGUGAAAUUUGUCAUCAACUUUGACUACCCUAACAACUCUGAGGACUAUAUCCACCGCAUUGGAAGAACGGCCCGUAGCCAAAAGACCGGCACAGCCUAUACCUUCUUCACACCCAACAACCUGAGGCAGGCUGGGGACCUCAUCUCUGUCCUCCGGGAGGCCAACCAGGCGAUUAAUCCAAAGCUCCUCCAAAUGGCAGAAGAAAGAGGAGGUCGUUUCAGGGGCGGCAGAGGUGGAGACUUUAGAGAUGACCGUCGGGAUAGGUAUUCUUCUGGAAGGCGGGAUUAUGGUGGUGGUGGUAGGGAUAGAGGUUAUAACAAUGGACCAAGCAAGAGUUAUGGCACAGGUUCUCAGAACGGUGUCUAUGGAGGCGGUAACGGCACAAGCAACGGUUACAGUGGAGGCAAUUACAACAGCAAUGGACAGUCAAACUUCAGCAACAAUCAAACAGGAUCGUUUGCUGCCCAAAACAACUUUCAGGCCCAACAGUUUGCUCCCAAUAAGCCUGUCGCACAGAAUGGCACAAGCCAUACUCAGUUCCCGUUCCCUCAGGGACAGGCUCCUCCUCAGCAUCCCCCUCCUCAACACCCCCCUCCACAGCAUCCUCCUCCGCCGCUGUUGCCAUACUCCAUGCCUCUGCAGUUCUCUCAGUAAAUGUCCCACAAACUUGAAAGAAGUAAUUUAUUGCGUUUUGUCUUUUAAGUUCUACACCUGAUCUGAAUUUUUGUAUUUACACAGCAGGGUUAUGUCAACAUUUGAAGCCUUUUAAGAUCUGCAGUGCAGCAAUAGUUUUGUUGCACACCUAUUUUUCCUGUAUUUAAUUUGUUACAUUCCCCCGAAAUAUUUAGUUUGUUUUGUACCAGAUGAUUACAAGUGUAUUUUGUUUUUCAUGUUAAGCAUUCUAAGUGAUGUUCAGCUUCUCGUUGAAAGUGCACUGCAUGAUCUUUGAAAUAAAACCCUACAAAAGA